CUAGUUUCCCCGGGAGCGGUUUCGGUAGGCAGAAGGGUGGCGGAUAGUGACAGGAAUUCCAGAAGGUGGAGGAAGCAAUAGGGGAGCUAGGGGCCAGAAUCCCCUGCUGACGACGGUUUCGGUCCCCGGGCCCCGGCCCCGACUCCCGCGGAGGGAAGACGACCUGGCGCGGGGCCGCCCGUCCCGCUCCGACACAAACACACGCACGUGCGCCCCGCCCCCGCCGCGCGCACGCGCCCCGAGGCUCCGGCGGCGGCGACGGGCGCGCGCGCGGUGCUCGCUGCCCCCACGCCGCUCCCUCCGCUCGGAUCGCGGCGCCUCCCGCUCCCCGCAGCGCUCCUCGCCGGACCCGCGGAACCGGAGGCGGCGGCCGUGGUCGGUGGGCUCCUGCGGGUGCAGCGGUCGAGGCGGCGGCGCGGGGGAGCGGAGCGGACCCCGGCAAGUCCCCGGGAGGCGAUGGGGCCGGGCGCGGGCCCCUGCGUGAGGCGAGCGCCGCGACAGGCCGGCCAGUGAGGCGCCGCUUGGGGGAGGCCGCGACGGAGCUCCCGGACCCGCCAUGGGCUGAGACACGUCCUCGCCGAGCAGGUGCAGUGACCAGCGGUCCCGGGGGUGCCCGCCCCGACAGGCCCCCGGGAACCCUCAACCCCGGCAGUAGGCGCCCUACCCAGCCAGAACAUGCCCGGGUGACUCUCUCCCCGAUCUUCCUGGUGGCCUUCCUCGCCCUUCCCAGUGACACUAUGCAACCCCAGCGCGACCCGGGAGGCCUCGCGCUCCUGCUGCUGACCUGGAGCCUGCUCCUCUUCGAGGCGGCCAGGGCCGGCCGGCCGGCGGUUAGCUGUCCUGCUGCCUGCCUGUGCGCCAGCAACAUCCUCAGCUGCUCCAAGCAGCAGCUGCCCAACGUGCCGCACUCCUUGCCCAGCUACACGGCGCUGCUCGACCUCAGCCACAACAACCUGAGCCGCCUGCGGGCCGAGUGGACCCCCACGCGCCUGAUCCACCUGCAGUCCCUGCUGCUGAGCCACAACCACCUGAACUUCAUCUCCUCCGAGGCCUUUUCCCCCGUACCCAACCUGCGCUACCUGGACCUUUCCUCCAACCAGCUGCGCACACUGGACGAGUUCCUGUUCAGUGAACUGCAGGCCCUGGAAGUCCUACUGCUCUACAACAACCACAUCGUGGCAGUGGACCGCUGCGCCUUCGACGACAUGGCCCAGCUGCAGAAACUCUACCUGAGCCAGAACCAGAUUUCCCGCUUCCCUCUGGAGCUGGUCAAGGAAGGAGCCAAGCUCCCCAAACUCACCCUCCUGGAUCUCUCGUCCAACAAGCUCAAGAACUUACCGCUGCCCGACCUGCAGAAGCUGCCCGCGUGGAUCAAGAACGGGCUGUACCUCCAUAACAACCCCCUGCACUGCGACUGUGAGCUCUACCAGCUCUUCUCACACUGGCAGCACCGGCAGCUGAGCUCCGUGACGGACUUCCAGGAGGACCUGUAUUGCGUGAGCUCCAAGAAGCUGCUCAACGUCUUCAACCUGAGCUUCCUCAACUGCAGCGAGUACAAGGAGCGUGCCUGGGAAGCCCACCUGGGGGACACCUUGACCAUCAAGUGUGACACCAAGCAGCAGGGGAUGACCAAGGUGUGGGUGACGCCAAGCAAUGAGCGGGUGCUGGAUGAGCUGGCCAACGGCACGGUGACGGUGUCCAAGGACGGCAGUCUUCAUUUCCGGCAGGUGCGGGUUGAGGACGGGGGCGUGUAUACCUGCCACGCCACGGGGGACGCUUUCAACGAGACGCUGUCUGUGGAGUUGAAAGUGUAUAAUUUCACCCUGCACGGCCACCAUGACACCCUCAACACGGCCUACACCACCCUCGUGGGCUGCAUCCUCAGUGUGGUCCUGGUCCUCAUAUACCUGUACCUUACCCCUUGCCGAUGCUGGUGCCGGGGUGUCGAGAAACCGUCCAGCCAUCAAGGAGACAGCCUCAGCUCUUCCAUGCUUAGCACCACCCCCAACCACGAUCCUAUGGCUGGUGGGGACAAGGACGAUGGUUUUGACCGGCGGGUGGCCUUCCUGGAACCUGCUGGUCCUGGGCAGGGUCAAAACGGCAAGCUCAAGCCAGGCAACACCCUGCCAGUGCCCGAGGCAACCGGCAAGGGCCAGCGGAGGAUGUCGGAUCCGGAAUCGGUCAGCUCGGUUUUCUCUGAUACACCCAUUGUGGUGUGAGCAGGAUGGGUUGGUGGGGAGAUUCUGCCCCAGGAGAGGUAAUGCACCCCCUGAAGGAUAUGAGGGCAUGCAAGAGUGGGCUGGCUGCCCAAGGGAGUGGGUUCCUCCUGACCUCAAGGGAAUUGGUCAUGGGUACAGUAGCUGGCUCGACCUCAACCAGGGUGUGGUUGCCACGACUUUCAAAUAGGGAUAUAUUAAUCCUCAGGCAAGUGCUACACCCCUACCCAAAGCCCUGGGAAUUCUCCAUGUGGUAGAGGAAAAGGAGCAUGUCUGAAUUGGGUGGGAAUGAGGAAGGGGUGGGGGGAAGAGCAGAUUCCCUAAACUUUUUCGAGGUCAUCCUUAGCUCCUUAAGAGAAAAUCAUUCGGGGGAAAAAAAAAUUUUUUUUUUUUCUAUCUCUGCCCACCCACACCUGUGAUGUUGUGUGUGUUGGGGGGCGGAUCUUCCACAGGAGCCACACUGGGGAAGAGCUGUAGCAUCUUCUUUGGCCAGGAAGUCACACUUCACAGCUGGGGAAAUUGGAAACCUUGGGAAAAAGGAGUCAGGAAAAGGCUGAGACCUCGAUAACGCUCCCUAAAGCUGUUGUGAUUUCCCACUAAAUGCGUCUCUUUGCCGAUGAGUCCUGGGUGGACAGAUCUUUGCAGGAGUCUGGCCUGUCGCCUGUCAGAUAUAGCGACAAUGAGAGAUGCGGUACCUGUGGCAGGCCCUGGAAUCAGUGGCACAGAGGGAUACAGCAUGAACUGAGGGGGUCUGUGUCACGGGACGGGUGCCGGCACAAAACUCGUAGAUGGCAGAUAAACUCCAGAUGCGCUGAUUGUCUGGUUGGUGAAACCCUUGGGUAGCACUUGGUUCCCAGUACCUGUGUGUCAGACCAGGGUGGGGGCUGCUGAAAGCAGAGCUUUUAUGCAUGCCUGCCACAACCUGGGAUGGGGGGCCGCUUCAACACGAGGAGGAGGAGGAGGAGGAGGAGGAGGAGGAGGAGGAGGGGGAGGAGGAGAAGGGGGAGGGGGAGGAGGAGGAGGAGGGUAAAUCAGCCUCUGUAAUGUAGCAUCCAGCUGGACCUACCUGACUGCCUGAUGCCAUCUCUUCCCUCAGGCUUCUUAGCAAGCUCGGGUCAUGAGAGGGUGCUGGAUGAGCUGGCGCUGGAUGAGCUGGCCAACGGCAGCUCGGAGGAGGGGGAGGGGGAGGAGGAGGAGGAUUGAGUUUUCCCUAAUAUGCUGCUCUGCAAAUGGAGGAAUCCUGGAGAGUCUGGCCCCAGCUGCGUUACAUUGGGCUUGGGGAUGGAGGGGACCAGUUAUGUGUCUUCUCUAUGUUGACACCCUGCUGCAAAGCCAACGCAUGGGAUUUCAUCAUCCAAGGGGUUGGAAUUGGGUGGUCUCUCUCCCAGAAUGGCAAGUUGGAGUGCGGCUUAGAGCCCUGCCCCUCUCCACAAGGUUCCAGGCAGUCCUGUUAACAGAGACGCUGGCAGUAAACUUUCAGAAGGAAAGUUCUGCCGCCGCCAUCCCUCUCAGCCAGAGGUCCGUGCAGUUGUGACGGUCAGACCAGAGGAACUUAAGAGCGGGCCCAACAUUCCAUUCCAUCCAGGGAUGCAGAAUAUUUUGGGUAUGGAGAUGACUGCACCCUUUGACUAUCCUGCAGGCCCCGGGAGAUGAGUGCUCCGAGCUUUGGCAAGGGGAUGAGCAGGGCAAAGGUGAAAAUGUUCUCUGACGUUGGUCUUUUUCAGUGUCUCCCCUUCUCCCAACCAAGCUCCCUGUCCAUUGGAUGUUCUCCAGAUCUUCUAGUUUUCUAACCUGCUCUUUAGGUUCCAAGAGGUAUGUCCUCUACCUGCGGGUGAGGGCUGCUUGCUAGGAGGGCCUGACUCCUGCUGCCUGUUAAGAUUGGGAAAGGGGACUGGAACUCAACAUCUUCCCUUGUCUGUUCCUGGGAUGUCAAGACUGCUGUCCAUCCUUUCUUAGUAACCUACUUUGUCGAGAGAGGUGCAGCGUUUCCCUCAAGUACUUGCAUGCUCCUAGGUAUGCAUGCUUCCAAGUGUGCAUGCACACUAGCACCUUGACUUCCCUCAGGACAGUGAUUCUGUAGUCCCCACUAAUGUCCCUGGUUCACAGUGGGUUCCACCUAUGUGCCCAACUUCAUGCACACAGCUACCUUGCCCCAGGGGAGAGACAGUGACCACGCCAGGCUCCCCAGAUACAAACACUUGUACUUUUCAUUUCUGAACUCCCUGAAGCUUUUCCCGCAUCUCCGUGGCACUGAGUAACUUCUCUGCAAAGACUAGAGUUAGGAGAACCGCAGGUUGGCAACCUGGGGAGAAGGGAUGAUGAGGAGCUGGCUGGUUCUUCACACCCCUCAGAAACCUUCUUGGAUUAAAGACAAUAUAUAUGAGAAAUAAAUGUAGAACUAGGUCAGUGAUGGACCCAGAAGGAAACAGGCAGGGGAACAAGCAGCAAUAAGUUGUUCUUCUUGUGUUAACUGUCCUGGAAAGACAGGGGUAUGAAGGAAAAGUUGUCUUUUAUAUUCCAGAGACGUCUGAGGAUUUUGUUACUGGAGCCAUAGUGACCAGGCCAUCCUCCUCAGACUUAUUAAGGAACCGGGGGAAAUCUCAUCUCCACGCUGCAGUUUCCCACUGGGCACUACCUAGGGCUCUGAAAAUCUUUAGGAUAAAUGUCAAAUGAAGUUGGCCUUCUGGAGCAUUCUGAGCUCCUGAGGACUAGGAGGGCCAUUUUCUUCAGAAGUCCUACCCAGUUUAAGGAAUAAGAAAAGACCCUGAGGCCCUAUAUCUCUCUACUACAUCCACUAGGUAGGCCCCUCGUUUGAAAGACUGGUAGAUGUGUCUGGCUGCCCCACCAGGAGAGUGAACUGGUUAGCCUCUUCCCGUCGUUUCAGUUGAUAGAACCCAAAGGUAGCUUUCUACUUGGGCGAUUAGAUACUCAGCAUAUAUAAGCUCACUAGAACCUUGUGUUGGAAACUGCCAGGUCUGAUAAUAAGAAAAAGCUGAGAAAUCCCUCCCUCCCUUCCCCCCAUCCUGAACCCAUAAACCAGACAUAUCUCCCAGGAAGCAGGUGUCCCUGGAGACAGAAUAUGACAGGGCUCUACAAUCUGUCUAUGUGAUUAUUUGUGAUCUUUUUUUCUUUGCCUGUAUUUAUGGGGCUCCUAGGAAGGGGCCACAAGAGGGGACAGCCCAGCUGGGGACAGUAAAGCUGACUGAUUCCCAUUUUCUGUGUGUUCUUACCUCUGUACUUCUUGUCGCCCUGCUGGCGAAGCAAGCAGGCCUCCCUGUGUCCAGGACCCCAUCCCUCCCACUUAUGUACACCCAGGCUGGCAAACCUUGGAGCCUCUGAGCUCUGAAAACUAGACUAUGAUCAUUAAACCUGGCUUGAGUCUCUGUU